GAACGCGCAUUUGACACCAAAUCCUCUAGAUUACUGGACCCCGUGCUUCGCCAAGGGAAAGAAGAUUGUCUUAUCAUACCAACGGUGUUUUUAUUCGAUAUACAAACAUUCAAGUGACUUUGGGGGAUCGAAUAUAACAUUUAUUGGAAUAGAAUUCUUUUGAAGGGUCGAUUCUGUACCUUCUCUGUUUGCUCUUUGGUUGAGGAAAGAGCCCUGCCGUUUGCGUUGUCAGGCCAGUGUUGGUUGUUCUGAGUUAAGGAACAGCAGCAACUUCCCGUGCUUACUUUGCACUGUGAAAGUCUAUUCUUUGGACGGAAAUACAAUGCCAGGAGACAUCAAAGUGAAUAUUGUUGGUGUAAGAAUCAACAAUAGCCCAUGAUGUCGUUGGAACUUAAUUUUGUUAUGGGAUAACUGUGAUAUCGUUGCCAUAAUAACGGUUUGACCAUCAAUUAUUUCAGUCUAACAGUAUUUGAAAUCAUUCUGAAUUGUUAUAAUACUGUAACCGAUUGAAUAUGCCACCCCGGAGUCUGCUUGACUCAAGAACACACCAUGGGACCUAAGUAAACACAACAGUUCAAGUCCUAUGCAGUAGAACGCACUGAUGAUCUUCGAAUUGCUGGAUAUUCAUUCCUUUGUCAACUGUCUAUCUGAAGAAGGCAGGCGUGAAAAUGGCAUCCUUUUUCAAUUUCCGUAAAAUCUUUAAAUUGGGUGCUGAGAAGAAGAAGAAACAGUAUGAGCAUGUCCACAGAGACGAGAACCCAGAGGAGAUAUGGGAGAUCAUUGGAGAACUGGGGGAUGGAGCCUUUGGGAAAGUCUAUAAGGCCCAGAACAAGCUAACAGGCAUUCUGGCUGCAGCUAAAGUGAUCGACACCAAGACUGAGGAGGAGCUGGAGGACUAUAUGGUAGAGAUCGAUAUCCUGGCCUCCUGUGACCAUCACAACAUAGUGAAGCUGCUGGAUGCCUUCUACUACGACAGCAAGCUAUGGAUCCUGAUAGAGUUCUGUGCGGGUGGAGCGGUGGACGCCGUCAUGCUGGAGCUAGAGAGGCCCCUGACGGAGCCCCAGAUCCGGGUGGUGUGUAAGCAGACCCUCCAGGCCCUCCUCUACCUCCACGACAACAAGGUGAUCCACAGAGACCUGAAGGCUGGGAACAUCCUGCUAUCCCUGAACGGAGACGUCAAACUGGCUGACUUUGGUGUGUCGGCCAAAAAUACCAAAACACUACAGAGGAGAGACUCUUUCAUCGGGACGCCAUACUGGAUGGCCCCGGAGGUGGUGAUGUGUGAGACGUUUAAGGACCGCCCGUAUGACUACAAGGCUGACAUCUGGUCCCUGGGGGUGACUCUGAUCGAGAUGGCCCAGAUUGAGCCUCCCAACCACGAGAUGAACCCUAUGAGAGUCCUGCUGAAAAUAGCCAAGGCCGAUCCUCCUACCCUGAUGCAGCCUUCGCGCUGGUCUCCAGAGUUCAGUGACUUCCUAAGAAAGUGUCUCGAUAAGAAUGUGGACAACAGGUGGAAUGUGGCACAACUUCUACAGCAUCCAUUUUUGAGUACUGUGACCGACAGCAGGCCGUUGAGGGAGCUGAUCGCUGAAGCAAAGGCUGAGGUUUACGAGGAGAUUGAGGAUCACAAGGAGGAAGAGGAGGAGGAGGAUGGAGAGACACAGCGGGGUCACAAACGUGCGCCGUCCGAUGCCAGUGUUGCCAGCUCGGAGGACGAGAAACUCCCUCAGUCUCCCUCAUCCUCCAUCCUGGAGUCUUUACCGGAGAAGGCUGAACCGGUUAUCCCGACACCACAGAUUGUUGAAAAGGUCCCUGAACCAAGCGUUGUCAAACCAGAGGAGAACCUGGUUGUGGACACUGGCUUCGUCGAGGAGCCUGCUGUCACUGCAGAAGUGGAGAAAAUGGAUGAGACCCUUAGUGCUCCAAUAAAUGGAGAGACAACAGAAGCCAGUGAGAAACCAGUAGAGGUAACGGAAGAGGAGGAGAAGGUUCAAGAAAUAACAGAGGUUUCCCCAACAGAACCCAGUGAGAUAACUUAUUCAGAACCAGCAGAGAAACCAGCAGAGCCCCAACCAGAAGGAACCGUUUCCAAUGCUGAAGUCACCAUAGGGGACAAGGAGAUGGAGCAACUGGCCAUAUCCAAUCAAGAUGAAAAGGAAGUGGACCCAGCUGAGGUCCAGGCGAAUGAGAUCACUGCAGAAGGGUCAGAGGCCAAGGAAGAGCCAACAGGAGACAAGAUGGAAGUUGAGGAGGAACCAGCCAACGAGGAGCUUAGCAGGGAAGCAAAGGUUACCGUGACAACCCCAGAGGAGACUAAGGUGGACGACAAACUCACACCUGCAUCUCCAGUGGUCUGGAAAGAGGAGGAAGGAGAGAAAGAGAGAGUGGAGUAUAAGCCAACUGCGGAGACAGGGACUCCAGUGAAGUCUAACGAUGAGAAGGAGAGGGAUUCGGACUCUAGGAGUAGUUCUGCUGCAGAUAACGGCAGCAUAGACAUGAACUUGUCCAUCUCCAGCUUCCUGACCAAAACCAAGGAGCCAGGACCCCUCUCCAUACAGGACACCAAGCGCCAGAAGAAGACACUGAAGAAGACCCGUAGGUUCGUGGUGGAUGGAGUCGAGGUUAGCGUGACGACGUCGAAGAUCAUCACCGACAAUGACACCAAGAACGAGGAGAUGAGGUUCCUCAGGCGUCAGGAGCUGAGGGAGCUGCGUCUCCUGCAGAAAGAGGAACAGAGGGCCCAGCAGCAGCUCAGCAAUAAACUGCAGCAGCAGAAAGAGCAGAUCUGCCGCCGUUUCGAACAGGAGACGACCAGUAAGAAGCGCCACUACGACCAGGAAGUGGAGAACCUGGAGAGACAGCAGAAGCAGACCAUCGAGAGGCUGGAGCAGGAGCACACCAACCGGCUGAGGGACGAGGCCAAGCGCAUCAAGGCCGAGCAGGACAAGGAGCUGUCCAAGUUCCAGAACAUGCUCAAGAACCGCAAGAAAGAGGAGCAGGAGUUCCUGCAGAAACAGCAGCAGGAGCUGGACUGUGCCCUGAAGAAGAUCAUCCAGCAACACAAACACGAGUUGGCCACCAUCGAGAGAGACUGUCUUAACCACAAACAACAGCUCCUCAGAGCACGGGAAGCAGCAAUGUGGGAGCUGGAAGAGCGUCACCUACAGGAGAAACACCAGUUGUUUAAACAACAGCUGAAAGACCAGUACUUCAUGCAGAGACACCAGCUGCUCAAGAGACACGAGAAGGAGAUGGAGCAGAUGCAGCGCUACAACCAGCGUCUCAUUGAGGAGAUGAAGAACAGGCAGACACAGGAGAGGGCCCGCUUACCCAAGAUCCAGCGCAGCGAGGCCAAGACGCGCAUGGCCAUGUUCAAGAAGAGCCUCCGAAUCACUGGAGGCCCCAUCACACCCGAGCAGGAGAGGGAGAAGGUCAAACAGUUUGCAGCCCAGGAGGAGAAGAGGCAGAAGAAUGAGAGGCUCCACCAGCACCAGAAACAUGAGAACCAGAUGAGAGACCUGCAACUGCAGUGUGACACCAACAUCCGGGAGCUGCAGCAGUUACAGAAUGAGAAGUGCCACAUCCUGAUAGAGCACGAGACCCAGAAGCUGAAGGAGCUGGAUGAGGAGCACAGCCAGGAGCUGAAGGAGUGGAGGGAGAAACUACGACCCAGGAAGAAGGCUCUGGAGGAAGAGUUUGCCAGGAAGCUUCAGGAGCAGGAGAUCUUCUUUAAGAUGAGUGGAGAGUCAGAGUGCCUUAACCCCUCAGCCCAGAGUCGCAUCUCCAAGUUCUACCCCAUCCCCAGUGUCCACUCCACUGGCUUCUAGGGGUUAACCCACUCCGGAUGGACAUAAACAUAUAUCCACAUAUCGAAGGCACACUCAAUGAAUAGAUAUACACACUUCCGGAUGGAUACACCCACACACACAUAUACAAAUAGACUGGCGCGCGUGCACACACACAUACACAUACAUACAUACACAUACAUAAAUACACACACACACACACACACACACACACACACACACACACACACACACACACACACACACACACACACACACACACACACACACACACACACACACACACACACACACACACACAGACUAAUAAGACUGAGCCUCUGCUGCCUUGCCCCGUCUCCAUUGAUGACAAUCGGGGACGAAGGGGCGAUAUCUCCGAGGGUGUGUACCCCUCUAUCGGCUUCUGGACGAGGAUGGGACAGUAGCUCUCAAGCUACAGACUAUGUUAAUCAUAUUUGUUAUAUAAUUUACCCCCUUUUCAUUGUAUAGGGUCGUGUUCAGUCGGGCACACCGUAGCAACAGUUUGAAUUUGUGUUUUUAUUGUAGAAGUAGUACCUCUCCAUUUCACUCUAUUUCAAAUCAUUUUCCACUGACUGAAAAAAAAAGUUUUAUUUCUUAUAGCUUCCUCUUUUGAAAUGAGUUAUGAAGGAGAUUCUUGACAUUAUGCAUUUUCAAAUGUGAUACUUUGUGCACUCUGUUCCUCAAAUCCUUGCCUCCAUGUCACUAAAGUGUCUCAGGCAGAUUUCAUUUUUCACUGAAUCUUUUUUUUUCUUGAAUCUAGUGCCCGUAUACCUUUAUUUCAAUGGACUUGCUUUUCAAAUUUAAGCUUCCUCUGAAAAAAAACUACUGCUGCUUGAUUUUUAUACCAUUAGUUAUUUGCACUAAAUCAGUGCUGCCCAACCCUCUUCCUGUAGAUCUACUGUCCUGUAGGUUCAGUCCAACCCUAAUUUUUAUUUUUUAUUUGACCUUUAUUUAACCAGGCAAGUCAGUUAAGAACAAAUUCUUAUUUUCAAUAACGGCCGAGGAACAGUGGGUUAACUGCCUGUUCAGGGGCAGAACGACAGAUUUGUACCUUGUCAGCUCGGGGAUUUGAACUCGCAACCUUCCGGUUACUAGUCCAACGCUCUAACCACUAGGCUACCCUGCCGCCCCAAUUAAGCAUAUCUGAUUCAGCUAGUUAAGGUCUUGUUGAGCAGCUAAUUAGUAGAAUCAGGUGUGUUAAAUUAGGGUUGGACUGAAAACCCACAGGACGGUAGACCUCCAGGAAGAGGGUUGGGCAGACCUGCACUAAAUAAAAAGGAUGAAGCAACAUUUUGUACCAGUCUAAUAUAAUGAACUUAUAUAUUCAAUAUCUAUGGUAAUGUUUGAGAGAGCUAAUGAUAUUUACUUUUGGUAAAAGAUGAACAGCACAUUUUUUUAAUAAUGAAUCUUGACAAAGGCAUGAUAUAUUUUAUAUGCAAUCACACACAUCUUGACAAGAUAUUGAAUUUAGUUUCCAAUGGACUAGGGAGUGACUGCCUGAAGUUAAGCAUGGAUUUAGAUACAAGUUUGACUUCUUAUGUUAUAAUUAUGGUAUCAAAAGUAAUUUUUUGGAGCUUAUUAACAACAGUUUGGGAUUUAUAUUUUUCUGUUGGAAAUGGUUCCUUUCUUCUAGCCUGGAAUCCAAACUGAAACACUACUUUCACUGUUGUUUUACUUGAACAUUUGUGAAACGGUUGAGAUUCCCAGGCUAGUAUCUUUCUUCAGGUUUCAUGAGCAUGCCUUUCAUCUUCAGCACAACUCUUGAGAUUUGUUUCUCUCUUUUUGAAAUUUGGUGUAGUCUGCGAGUGGCCAUUUUUGUUUUAGCAUAUUAAGGAGGGGCUAUUAAAAUGGUGUUUGUUUAUAUAUCCAGACAGAGACAAGGUUUUCACUGUGGUUGCUCAAAUGGCGUUGUUAUAUAAUUCGAUAGAAAUCUGCGAGGACCUAUAUGAAGGUCUGUUUUGUUAGAAUUUCAUGCAAAUGUUUGGUAUGUCUAUGUAUUGUUUAUAAAAUUGCCUCCCAUUAAUAAGGUAUUAUUACAUUACCAUAUUCAUCAGUUGACCUGCAUGGCUUUUCGGUUUGUUUGUAAGGAAAUUAUGAUACUGUUUUAUUCUUGUUCAUGCUAGCAAAUAGCCUUAGUGUUUUCAACAAAACGUAUGACAAUACGGUAUUCAUGCUGUGGCCCUCUGUGAAGUUAUUUUAAUCAGACUUAGUCCCGCCCCAAGUGAUCUUUAUAUUCGCGUAGCUUCUAUUGUAUCAUAGUCAAAUAUUUAAUCUAAGGAUAAUGAAUAUGACGUUAUCAUGAGUUGAACAGUUUUGAUAACAUUUUUAGAACUACAGUUUUAGCUUAUUUUAUCAUAGAUAUGCAUGAUCUACUCUAAAAUGGUGGUAGCCUAUAACCUUCAAUACAGUUUAAAAUCAUUUGUUAAAAAGGAACUGUUGGACCUGACUGGUUUAGGCCAUCAUGACUUCUGAUUGGUGCAUUUGUCAUCUCGCCCUUUUUUGAUUGGCUGCAGGAACAACAAUCAGUCGAUGCUAUUUUAUAAUUGGUCUGUAAUAGUGGCAAACAAAAACAAAACAUCAUACACAGUGAAGGAGUGCUGUGCACCUUACACAAAAUGAAGAUACUCUGCCAGUAGUUAUUUAUGUGGGAAUGUAUCUUUACUACAGUACAGUAUUGUAGUUUCCUCAAUUGUCAAAUAGUUCAUUUAAAAUCUGAAAUUUAAGCUGAAUUGAAAAUAUAAUUAAAUACCAAUCAUGUCAAUAUGUGUUAUGUUAUUAGUGUCAUGAUUUCCUUCUGAUUUUCAAAUUGUAUCGUGAUUGAUUUCAGAAUGUUGUUUGAAAUUGAACUAUCUAGAAGAAAAAGAAACGCACACCUAUUAAGACGAGGUGCUGGCUAGCGGAAAAUUGAACUACCAUGAAAAAAUAAUGUGCAUUUUUAAGACAAGUUUACAUUAUAGUUUUUAGAAUGCCUAUGUACUGUAGAUUUGCAUUGUUCUGUAAAUAAACAAUUUCCUGUAUACAA